AUGCGUAUAUACUUGCUGCCGCUCUCCACGCGGCGCACACUGCUGUACGCCCACCGAGUCCAUAUCCCGACGACGGACACGAACCAGAAUAUCGCCGACAAGAUCGUCGGCUUCGCCGCCAAGAAGUGGGCCGAGUACGAGAAAAAGGAGUCUGGCUGGCAGCGCAAGCUGGUCGACUACGGAAACCAUGCGUUCCGCCGGAUCCCCUACGAGGAAUGGGGCCUCAAGUCCAUACCUCCUCUGUCCAAGCGGAGGCGCGCCGAGGAGCUCGGGGGCCAGGACGAUGUCGAGCUGGUGUUCCCGGGCGCGACGAUCCCCGCCCACAGGGCGCAGUCGAUUCUGAAGACGCUGGCGACGGAGCGCGAGUCGCUGCACAGGAAGCGCCUAAUGCUCAGCUUCGUGGCUAUGCCCUUCACCGCGCCCGUUGCCAUCCUCCCCGUAAUCCCCAACAUUCCUUUCUUCUACCUAGCCUACCGUGCCUGGUCCCAUUGGCGCGCCAUAUCUGGUGGCAAGCACGUGCAAUGGCUCCUCGAAAAUAAACUUAUCAAGGAUAAGCCGUCAGAGACUCUAGAUCAUCUCUACAUCAAGGACGGGCCGACUAUCAGCGACUCGCUGGACGUGAAGGAGCAGAUACUCCUCACACAGAGACAAGUUCGCAAUUUCUCGGAUACUCUCAACAUCCCCGAAUUGGAGGUCGAGCUAGAGCGUGCGAUCUGGCAAGUGGAACAAGCAUUGCAAAAGGGCGAGGAGGCCGCCAAGGUCCAUGUACCCUCGCCUUCAGAAAAGUCCAAGGACGAUGGUAAAGAGAAGGACGUGCCAGAAGUCGGCGAGAAGGAGAAGAAGGAAUGA